AUGUCAUGGUUAAAAAAACACAAUCCCCAAAUUUUGUGGGAAAAACAUACACUUGUUUUUAAUUCCUUGUAUUGUUCCAACAACUGUCUAGCCACACCUGCUGUUUUAGAACUCAAAGCAGUGGAAGAAAUUCCUGCCCCUUAUCAAGAAUUUGCUAGAGUAUUUUCAGAGGAAGAAUUGUCAAAACUACCACCCCACCGUCCUUACAACAUUGCCAUUGAGUUACUUCUGGAUGCGCAACCAAGACAUGGCCCCAUAUAUAGUUUAGGUCCAAGGGAAGAUGCAGAACUUAAAGAAACCAUUGAGAAACAGCUCAAAGCUGGUCUAAUCCGCCCGUCUAGAUCCCCUAUGGCCUCUCCCAUAUUAUUUGUCAAAAAGAAAAAUGGGAAACUACGCAUGUGUGUGGAUUACCGGCGUCUGAACAGUAUGACCAAGAAAAACGUCUAUCCCCUGCCCUUGCCACAGAAUCUCAUUGAGAAAUUACAAGGUGCCAAGAUCUUUAGCAAAUUUGAUCUUAAGGCAGGAUACAACCUAGUCCGAAUCAAAGAAGGCGAUGAAUGGAAAACCGCUUUCAAAACAAAAUACGGACUAUUUGAAUAUUUGGUCAUGCCCUUUGGACUAACAAAUGCACCGGCAGCCUUUCAAGACAUGAUGAAUGAGAUAUUCAGGGACCUUCUGGAUGUCUACGUUAUCAAUAUUUGGACAAUAUUCUAUAAUUGGAAAUGGGAACAGGCGGAACAACAAUCCUUUGAUGGCUUGAAGAAAUGUCUUACAUCAGCACCUCUACUUUUACAGCCCAACACUACAAAACAAUUCUACGUAGAAUGCGACGCAUCCAAUUACGCAACAGGAGCCAUAUUAUCCCAGCGCAACCCUGAAGGAAAAUUGGCCCCUGUAGCAUAUCUAUCAAAAUCCCUGUCACCUGCGGAAAAGAACUAUGAUAUUUUUGACAAAGAGCUGUUAGCAGUCAUUAGGGCAUUCAAGGAAUGGCGUCAUCUAUUAGAGGGGUCGGAAUUACCAGUCCAGGUUCUCACGGAUCAUAAGAACCUGGAGCACUUCUCCACAUCACAAUCCUUGAAUAAACAACAAAUUCAAUGGGCCAACUUCCUGGUUGAUUAUAACUUCCAAAUUAUCUACAGACCUGGAGCGCAAAACAAGAAGGCGGAUAUUCUCUCAAGGCAAUAUGAUUUAGUACCCCUUGAAGGGGGGGUAGAGAACCAAGUUCUCCUGAAACCAGAACUUUUCAUUGCGUCAAUCACUCCAGAUCAGGAAAUUAAUGACCUGAUUGGUGAAGCAAUCUACAAGGAUGAACACCUUAAGGAAAUCUUGUACAAACUCCAGAGCAAGGAUAAAGUAGUCAACUGGGAGUUAAAAGAGGGAUUACUAUGGUAUCAAGGAAAAAUCUUUGUACCCAGAGAUGAUACUAUUAGGAACCUCAUCUUGGAGUCUAGACAUGACGCAUUACUUGCAGGACACCCAGGACAAACCAGGACACUAGAACUUAUUUCCAGGAGUUAUUACUGGCCAUUGCUGAAAAAGUUUGUCAAUUCUUAUGUCAGCCACUGCAAAACCUGUAUCAGGUCCAAGCCAACAAAUCAAGUACCUGUAGGACUGCUAAAGCCAUUGCAAAUUCCUGAAUGUCCCUGGGAAGAUAUAGCCUAUGUCGUACACCAACUGUAA